AUGCCUCCGCGACGUCAGCAAGACCUCCCCGUCGAGAGUAGUUGGCGACUUGUCGAGGGUGGCGAGAAUGACAGUUUCGACACCUCUAUUCUUCCCGACCUUGAGGAGGAUGAGGGUUUCAUCUCUACGGACCCAUCGCAGAUUCCUUCGCAGUCAUUCAGUAUCGGCGGCUCCCAAGAAUCUCAUCACAGCGUACAGGACUUCAUGAACAAGGCAGAUGAUGAGCGCGUUAUUCUCCGCUCGCCCUUUCAACCUACCAUCCGCCGGGAUCCCAACCGUUCUCCAGACCCAGAGUUUGUCAUGCCGUCUAUGCGCUUUGGUGCUACCCCCGGCAGCAGCACCAGCCCCCGUCAGAGCAGCGGCCGGUCGACGCGGACUAUCCGCCCGGGUGAUGAUCCGUACCAACAACAAGAGGUACGCCGCCGUGUCAUUCGGCAAGCAAGCACCGGAAGUCCCUUGAAGCUGCGGCGCGGAGAUCAUGGGAGAGGGAGGGAUUACUACGACGAUGCGGCAGAGGAGCAUAGAACGGUUACCGAACGCCUGUCGGAGUCUCUCCCAGGCGCGAUCUUCAACGUACUGGCCUGGGUUUUCAACGUCAUCGGCAUGGCCCUAGGCUACGUCCAAAAGCCACUGGCACUUUGCUUGGCUGUUUGGCUUUUCUUUGGUGCCUCCAUCAUGCUUCAAAAUAUGGUUACUAAGUCGCUAACGGCGUCUCUCUCGCCGUUUUGUCGCAUCCCGGGAGCCGCAUACCUAGACCUUCCGUUUUGCCCUUCAUUUACCUCCACGACGGGUGGCGGCCAGGACUCUGGGCCUGCAAACGUCGAGUUUGAUGAUCUGAUGAACGUCCAGUCGCAGUUUGAGCAGGUCCUCGAACGCAGCGCCGACGGCGUUUCGUUGCCCAUGGAAAUGAAACGCUCCGAGUCCUCGAUCCGCGACUUGCGUACCAUGGUUCGCUACUCGGAGUUGCCGCAGCGGGACGAGCUCGUCUACGAAUUCAACGAGUAUAUCGACACGGCGCGUUUGACGGCCGCCGACCUGCAAAAGUUCAACGUCCAUGUCGGGUCUGCUGUCGACUCCGUCAUCUCCAUCAACCGUUGGACAUCUCGCUAUCUAGACACACUUUCCGCUUCAGAGACUACUGAUGUAGGCAUCCUCUCUCAGUGGUCCAGCUGGAUCUUUUACCCCUUCACUCCCACUGUAACGCCGUUCUCAGAACGGACCCUUCUCGACAAGUACGUUGAACAUACUGCCAUGGUUUCCGACCGCAUCUCGUCGCUCAUCGUGGAGGCACAAGGCGUCCUGCUUCUCUUGACAAAGGCCGAGGAGCAUCUCAAUCAAAUUUAUGAGCUCGUUACCCGUUCGUCAAACUCCGUCAAAUCUCGCCGUGACGAGGUUCUUUGGACGCUGUGGACCCUUGUCGGUGCGAAUAAUAAACGCCUUCACAACCUCAACGCCCAGCUCUCCCUACUUCGGCAGGUGGACCGCCAGCGCAGCACGGCGGUCGCGCAGCUCUCGGCGCUCAUCGUCGAUCUCGAGAAGAUACAAGCUGGCCUAGGCGAUCUCCGCGACCGUGUGGCCGCGCCUGAGCUUCUCCGUGACUCCGUCGCCGCGAUCCCGCUGAGUGUGCAUAUCGAGACCAUCGACCGCGGAGUCGAGCGGCUUGAGGAUGCGCGGCAGCGGAUCCGCGCCAACGAGAACGACAAGAUUCGCGAAGCUCUGGCCAGGGGCGGCACCAAGGAGGAUGACAAGCUCAUCGACGGCCGGUCAUGA